CAUUGCCCUAACCUUAAACCCCAAAGCUUACCGCUCUCUCCUUCACCAUCCAUCGCACGACUGCAUACCCACGAGGGGGCGCUAUUUGGUUUUGUUUGUUGGUCUCCCUUGCCAUCGUUUUUCUCUCUCUCUCUCGGGCGAUUAUCAGCUGAUUUUUGUUCCUCAACUAAUUUGUUAUUCUAUUGUGUGAUAUUCUAUUUUCACAUAAGAUUUCUCUGAUAUACAGACUCGUAUAUACAUAUACACUCGACUAUCCUCAGACUCGACCGUCUUUGGCACUCAAAAUGGAUGAGAAGAUCGCCGCCGCGGGGAAAGAAGUUCUUGUUGAAAUUGUAAAGUUGGCCCAAAAACGGGGGAUGAAGGGUAGUAAAGGAAGCUGGAAGGAAUUUUUGAAUUUUUAUGACAAAAAGCUUGGAGCUUGCUUGAGUGAUCCGGCAAGGAGGUCCACCGAUUCACUGGCUGCUUUUCUGAAGACGUUUAGCCAAGAGGAUGAUCUGAAGUUCUUUGGUAAAGUAAUGCAAUGUCAUUCUAACCGGGAAAUAGUGGAGCAACUCAGGAAGAAUUCUCCAGAUACUGAAUCCCCUGAGCAGAGGCUGGUCCGUUCAACUCUCGAGCACCCUCAAUAUUCGAUAGAUUUCUCUUUCCCAUCGCAUGAGGAGGAAUGGUUGGUUACAAAGCCCAGUAAAAAGAUCAAAAAGAUGAGAUCAGCCGCAAUGCUUGCUGUUGAUUGUGAGAUGGUUCUCUGUGAAGAUGCCACUGAAGCUUUGGUGAGGGUGUGUGUUGUGGAUCGCAAUUUACAGGUCAAACUUAACGAACAUGUGAACCCCAAUAAAGCCGUUGCAGACUAUAGAACUGAUAUUACUGGAGUCACCGCAAAAGAUUUGAAUGGAUCUACUUGUUCAUUGGCAGAUAUACAGAAAUCCAUGAAGAAGCUAUUAUUGCAUGGAACUAUAUUAGUUGGCCACAGUUUGAAUAAUGAUCUGCAAGCACUGAAGAUAGAUCAUGCAAGAGUGAUUGACACCUCUUUAAUCUUCAAAUAUGGGGAUGAACCUAAUUACAAAAGACCUUCCUUGAAUAAUCUGUGUAAGUCUGUGUUGGGUUAUGAAGUCCGGAAGAAGGGUGUUCCCCACAAUUGUCUUGAUGAUGCAUGCGCUGCAAUGAAACUUGUUCUGGCCAAAAUAGAGCGUGGCCUAGAUCAUCCUAUACCAUUGGUUAAUGAGGGUGUGCCUGAAACUGAAGUGGCAAAGUUACUUAUCCACAGAAUACCAAUCAAUGUGCCUAGUGAAGAACUGCAUAAAAUUAUUCCUGGGGACUUUACAAUUGAAAUCAAGUCUAAUAAAAAACCCCGAGGAGAAAAGUAUUAUUCUGCCUUUGCCAUCUUUAGGAAUCUACAAGAAGCAAGUCAAGCAUUUGAAGAAGUCAAAGGCAACCAAGAAAAUGACUCGUAUGGACGGCCACAGAAGUUUCUCUCAUUUGAAGUUAGUACAGGGGUCAUUAAUAUAUAUGUUCGGAAAAUGGAACAUGAUGAUCCAAUUAGCCAAGUUUUAUCGAGGAAGAGGACAGUCCAAGUUGAGGAGGAGACCUCAAGUGAGUCCAAGAAGUUGAAGACAGAACAGGUAAAUGGAGAGCCCAAGGAGACUAUGGCUGGCUCAAAUGAGUGUGAUGGUCAUCUGGAGGAGAUUAAAAGAUUGAAGAAAGAACUGAAGCAGAGGGAUCGUCGAAUUACCAACUUAAACAAGAUCUUAACUGCUCUUGCAAGGAAACAAGGGCUUUAAACAUGUCCAUGGAUGUAUGCAUUGGAUAGAAUAGUAUGACAUAUGAUGGGAUGACACAUGUUUCAUGAAGUUUGUGAUGGCCCCUUUUUGCUGUGAGGGGUAAGUUUUGCCGGAGGGUAACCGACGGACGUGGAUAUGCUGCCGAGAUAUUAAAGGAGAUGGGGACUGGGGAGUAAAGGCACGGGUGUGCGUAAGCCAUCAUAUUGUGGAACCUCUUCUCUACCUGUGUUGGAUGUGAUACUACAGAUGGUCCAGAGAUUGUUUUUAUUUUCUGUAAUACCCCAUCAAAGCACAUCAUAACUAUUUGUUUUUCUUUUACAGUUGACACUUCCAACCUUAUUUAUUUUAUUUUGGCUUUAGAUUCAAAAUAGCAUACAUUAGCAUGAUAUGUCUUUAUAUAAUUUUUUAUGAAAAUUUGGGGGCAAACUUAUGUGAUUAGUUGAUGA